CGUCACCCGUUCCUUAUGCGAGACUCGCUGCGGUGAGCGGUGGUGAAGAAUUCCCGAUGAGCGGUGGCGAGGAAUCUCAUCAUCAUCAUCACGUGCCGACGCGGAACGGACGGACGGAGAGAUGAAGAUCUUCUGCCCGAUCUGCAAGUGGCUCGUGGUCAGCCUGCCCGCCCUGGAGGACCACAUGAAGCGGCACAGGGGGUGGACGGAGCCCACGCUCUUCCAGUGCCCCCACUGCCCGUUCAACACGGACACGCUGAAUGUCUUCAUCGGCCACCAGGCGACGCACGACGCGCGCGAGUCUCACAAGUGCGCCAAGUGCGGAAAGGUGUUCAUCGACGUCAAGGUCUUCCGCGAGCACCAAGCGGCGCACGCCGAGGAGAAGCCCUACAAGUGCACCGAUUGCGAACUGGCGUUCAACCACUCGGAGGAUCUUCACGAGCACCAAAAGACGCACGCCGGCGGCAAGCCCUACCACUGCACCGUCUGCGGGAUGGAGUUCAUGCGCGAGGUGCAGCUCUGCAACCACCAGAGGAUCCACACGGGCGAGAAGCCCUAUGGGUGUGCCACGUGCGGAAAACGGUUCGCUCUCUCGGGGACGCUCGUCAUCCACAACAGGAUCCACACGGGCGAGAAGCCCUACGGGUGCGCUACAUGCGGACAACGGUUUGCGCACUCGGGGACGCUCGUCAUCCACAACAGGAUCCACACGGGCGAGAAGCCCUACGUGUGCGCCACAUGCGGAAAGGCAUUCGCCUACUCGGGGGCCCUGAGCGUGCACAGGAGGACCCACAUGGGCAAGAGACCCUACAGGUGCACGGUGUGCGCGAAGGCGUUCGCAUAUCCGGGGACCCUCUCCACGCACAGCAGGAUCCACACAGGAGAGAGGCCGUACAGGUGCACGGUGUGCGCGAAGACGUUCGCUCGUUCCCACACGCUCGUCGUCCACAAGAGGGUCCACACGGGAGAGAGCACCUGCGGCGAGGGCGCCGAGGCGUUGACGCCGUCGGGCGGCUCCCCCGGCGCGGGAAGCGCGGACGCGGCGGAGGGAGGGUGCGUGACGAGGAGGAAGCGUCGCGAGUGCAUCGCGCGCAAGGUCGCGACGGCCGCCCUACCGGAGCCACCUGACUCUGGGGGUGAGCGCGCGACUUUCCCCGGAGAGGCGGCGGCGAGCCCUCCUCCUCCUGCACCCGCCGCGUCGGAAGAAGAACGCCGGGAAAAGCCCGCCGGCUUUGUCGGGACGCGCCCGCGGGUAAUGAAGGCGGAUAGCGGAGGCGGAGGCGGAGACGUGUCCUCGGCGAAAGUGAAGGAGGAACGGGAAGGGGACGUCGGAGGCUUCGAGGCGUGGCCGGGGGUGAAGGUGGAGCCCGCUGGCGAGGUCGUUCCGUGCCGCCCCCCCUCCCUGCCGAUCGUGAAGCGGGAGCCCGAGGAUUGCCACGGGAGCGAGACGGAGCCGCGGGUAAAGUUGGAACGCGGAGCUCAGGACUCCUCUGUCUCCCUGUUGAGUGUGAAGCAGGAACCGGAGGAAAUCCCCACUCGUUGCCCCACCCCUUACCGCCUUAACCCCGCCCCAACCCCGCGUAGCCCCGCCCUCCACUUCGUGCCCACGCCCCCUGCCACCGUUGCCCCUGCCGACGCGGAACGGACGGACGGAGAGAUGAAGAUCUUCUGCCCGAUCUGCAAGUGGCUCGUGGUCAGCCUGCCCGCCCUGGAGGACCACAUGAAGCGGCACAGGGGGUGGACGGAGCCCACGCUCUUCCAGUGCCCCCACUGCCCGUUCAACACGGACACGCUGAAUGUAUUCAUCGGCCACCAGGCGACGCACGACGCGCGCGAGUCUCACAAGUGCGCCAAGUGCAGCAAGGUGUUCAUCGACGUCAAGGUCUUCCGCGAGCACCAAGCGGCGCACGCCGAGGAGAAGCCCUACAAGUGCACCGAUUGCGAACUGGCGUUCAACCACUCGGAGGAUCUUCACGAGCACCAAAAGACGCACGCCGGCGGCAAGCCCUACCACUGCACCGUCUGCGGGAUGGAGUUCAUGCGCGAGGUGCAGCUCUGCAACCACCAGAGGAUCCACACGGGCGAGAAGCCCUAUGGGUGUGCCACGUGCGGAAAACGGUUCGCUCUCUCGGGGACGCUCGUCAUCCACAACAGGAUCCACACGGGCGAGAAGCCCUACGGGUGCGCCACAUGCGGAAAACGGUUUGCGCACUCGGGGACGCUCAUCAUCCACAACAGGAUCCACACGGGCGAGAAGCCCUACGUGUGCGCCACAUGCGGAAAGGCAUUCGCCUACUCGGGGGCCCUGAGCGUGCACAGGAGGACCCACAUGGGCAAGAGACCCUACAGGUGCACGGUGUGCGCGAAGGCGUUCGCGUAUGCGGGGACCCUCUCCACGCACAGCAGGAUCCACACAGGAGAGAGGCCGUUCAGGUGCACGGUGUGCGCGAAGACGUUCGCUCGCUCCCACACGCUCGUCGUCCACAAGAGGGUCCACACGGGAGAGAGCGCCUGCGGCGAGGGCGCCGAGGCGUUGACGCCGUCGGGCGGCUCCCCCGGCGCCGGAAGCGCGGACGCGGCGGACGGAGGGUGCGUGACGAGGCGGAAGCGUCGCGAGUGCAUCGCGCGCAAGGUCGCGACGGCCGCCCUACCGGAACCACCUGACUCUGGGGGUGAGCGCGCGACUUUCCCCGGAGAGGCGGCGGCGAGCCCUCCUCCUCCCGCGCCCGCCGCGUUGGAAGAAGAACGCCGGGAAAAGCCCGCCGGCUUUGUCGGGACGCGCCCGCGGGUAAUGAAGGCGGAGAGCGAAGGCGGAGGCGGAGACGUGUCCUCGGCGAAAGUGAAGGAGGAACGGGAAGGGGACGUCGGAGGCUUCGAGGCGUGGCCGGGGGUGAAGGUGGAGCCCGCUGGCGAGGUUGUUCCGUGCCGCCUCCCCUCCCUGCCGAUCGUGAAGCGGGAGCCCGAGGAUUGCCAAGGGAGCGAGACGGAGCAGCGGGUAAAGUUGGAACGCGGAGCUCAGGACUCCUCCGUCUCCCUGUUGAGUGUGAAGCAGGAACCGGAGGAAAUCCCCAGUUGAGACUCGGCUGAGGGGAAGGGGUCUAGUUAGAACUCGGAGCUCAAGAUCGCUCGGUCUCCUUGUCGGUCGCGAAACGGGAACUGGAAGGAUGAGGCCCUCGUUUGAGAAGCGAUGUCGAGGUCGAUGCGAACGACGUGGAGAUGGGAGGAAGACGCCGGACAGCCAUGGACCGCCGUUGGCGUGGAAGUAUCGCUAAAGAAUGGGGUCGAGACAAGAGGGUGGAGGGUGGAUCACGUGGAGCAGAGGACAGACCCAUUUCGAUCUGUGCAGAAGCACCAGGAAUGUGAGUGUGCGUGUCCGUGUGUGUAUGGGGAGCGGUGGUGCAGCGGUUAGCACUACGCUGCGCUAAAAACCCGGCGACCCGAGUUCGAUUCCCGCUCACGGCCAACACCGGGGACGAUUAUCUGAGCCUCCCCUAGGUCGACACGGCAUGAAAUGAGUACCUGGUGCGAUGUGUAAUCAUUGUCGCUGGGCAGACAAAGGCGGCCGGGCGUGGUUGCUGGCCUUCAUAGGUGCUGGCUAAUGGCACUUGUCCAAACAGUCUGUUACGGGCUAUACGGGGGAUCUUUGUAUUUUUAUCGUAUGUUCAACUUCUUUCGCACCAUACGUAGCCAACCGUGCUAAUUGGAGGUGCGAUGUGUAGCGCGGCAGUUUAUUUAAAAAGAAUUUGGCCUCCGCGGCCGAUGCAAACAUUUCCACAUGGAACUGCCCAGCCACCCCUGGUGACAAAAACGCAUUCAAUUUUCUCUCUCUUGACCUCUCGAUCUCUAAACACCACAUAUACUA